AAGCAACAGUCAAGUGUUUACACUUUUAUCAACCCUUAUAAAUCUCAUGACACAUUUUUAUUCAAGUAACUAAAUCUGUGGCUGCUGUUGUCAUAGUAAUAGCUGAUGUAAACAUGUUACAGCCUUCUUGUAUCCUGGUUUACACUCCCACCCUCCGUCUUUAGCAGCAGCUGUGUGUGUGUGUGUGUGUUUGUGUGAAUGCUGGUUGCACAGCCCUCAGGCUGCUUCCUCAUGACAUCACAUGGUUGCAGAAUGACUUCUCAAACUUUCAUCUGUGAGCCAAGACCUCCUAAACACACAGCGUGCACACACUGCAGGUCUGUUGAUGCUGAGAGGAGAGAGAGGCUUUAGUUUGUUGUGUGGGCACCAGUUGUAAAAGAAGCCUGAAACCAGUUCUGGGUGUAUUAAUAAGCCAAAAAACGUUAUCAGCAGUCUCAUCGUCUCGUGCUACUUCCUGCUUCUGUCGUCAUGGUGACCGUAAGAGCCCCCAGAGCACAGGAUACAGAGGCAGUGAAGAGGCCCUGAUGUCUGAUUCCACCCCUCACUGAUGCUAAAAUACAUGCAGCUUUACACUCCACGCUGCUCAAGUGUGAGACAAAAAUAAAGAGUCCCAGACAUGGAGGAGGAGGGCCGGGUGAAUGGACUGAGCCCAGGGAGGAGGGGCUCAAACUGGGGUCGGAUCGCCCUGCUGGACAAGACCAAGGAGUUCUUCAGGACCUGUGACGUGGAGGGCAAAGGCUUCAUUACCCGCACGGAUAUGAGGAGACUCCACAGAGAGCUGCCUCUGUCCGCAGAGGAGCUUGAGAACGUGUUUGACUCUUUGGAUAAAGACCAUGCUGGUUACCUCACGCUGGAGGCAUUCACUUCUGGAUUCAGUCAGUUCCUCCAUGGCAGGAGGAUUUCUGUAGCUGAUGACCAAAUCCAGGCCCCGGGCUCAGUCUUUCGGACUAAGGAGGCUUUUUAUCAGAGCCAAUGGGAAGCUAAGCUGUCAGGAGUUGAAGACGAGGAGGAGAGGCACUUCUGUAUGCUGCUGGAAAGCCUGGGUGCCAUUAAUGUGUUUGAGGAUCCAGGUGAGGUGCGCAGUCUUUGGGCUCAGCUCCGGCGAGAUGAGCCUCACCUUCUGUCCAAUUUCGAGGAGUUCCUGGCAAGGGUCACCUACCAGAUCAAAGAAGCCCACCAGGAGAAGAAGGAGAUGGAGAGCGCCCUCCAGAGACGGGCUGCAACACAUGACAGUGAGAUCCGGAAUUUAUAUGAAGAGAUGGAGGCGCAGAUCAAAAACGAGAAGGAGAGGCUGAUUCUGAAGGACUCUGAGCGUAUUCAGUUGCGCAGCCAGGAGAUGGAGGACCAACUGUCUUCAAAGGAGAAAGAGCUGGACCAUCUUUUCCAGAAGCAGAAAAGAUUAGAGUCCCAGUGCCAGGAGCUGAACAGCGAGAAGCAGGAGAGCCACGUGGAGAACGUGAAGCUGAAGAUGACCAACGACGAGCUGUCCCGCGCGCUGGAGAGCACCAGCCAGGAACUGGGGCUGGCUCAGGAACAGCUGGCCAUGUUGCAGGAGCAGGCGGCCCGGCUGCAGCAGGAGAAAGAAAUGGAGAUGUACAGAGUAACCGAGGGGCUCCAGAGAGAGAAGCAAAGUCUCAUGAAGCAGCUUGAUCUCCUCAGAGAAAUGAACAAGCAUUUAAAAGAUGAGCGAGACAUAUGCUGUGGAGUACCACGAAGCUCACUCAGGAAGAAGCAGAAGCAGAGAGCGGGCCUCGCUGACAUGUUCGACGACACCAGCCAGCCGAUAAAAAGAGCCCCACUGUUGGUGGACGGGUCCUACCAGUCUCUGGAGGCCUUGCCUAUAGAGCACCUUCAAAUCGUAUUUGUUGCUUCCUCCUCCAGCAGCGAGGACGACACGAUUGCCAUCACCCAGUCCUAUGCUAAGACUGUAAGCGCCCCUGUGUGUCCACAACGGCCUGCGGCCAAGAAAACCUCUGGGUUGACAAACGGCUACGGCAACCACGCUCCACUUAAAGCCAACGAUGUGAAAGCAAAGGCAAAAAAGUCGCCUACCAAGAUGGCUACUGCUAAGAGGACGACGGUAAAGGGCAGAGAGAGAGCAAAAAGAACAGAAACUGAGAAAAAGACGGGUGUGGACGAGGAGGUUUUGGACUCCCCUCCGGACGGUUGGCCACUGCGAAGAGUCAUCUCCAUCGAGGAGGACCACCUGCCCCACCUGCUCCUGGGAGGGCCUCAACCUCUGCUGCACCAGCUCAGUGAGGAGGAAGACAAAGUGGAUGAGGAGGAGGAAGAGGAAGGUCAUAGUGACUUUGAAACAAGUGUUGCCAUAGCAGCGGACCAUGCCACUAACCUGUCCUCAAGUCACACGUUAGAAAACUCUCUUGCGAGGAAAUACAGCUUUAACCGUGCCAAAAAGACGCCCAUGUCUCCAAGAGGACAGCCUGUUGGGAAGGAAACCCAGCAAAGGGUAAAAGAAGGGGAAAUGUUUGUUCCUGACCGCCUCUUUAAAGUGGUCCUGGUUGGAAACUCCAGUGUAGGCAAGACAUCACUGCUCCGCUCCUUCUGUGAGGGCCGUUUCCAUCCCUCCACAACUGCUACUGUGGGUAUCGACUACAGUGUGAAAACACUAACUCUGGACAAUAUGCAGGUGGCAGUCCAGCUUUGGGACACAGCGGGUCAAGAGAGGUUCCGCAGCAUCACCAAGCAGUUCUUUCGCAAGGCAGAUGGUGUGGUAGUGAUGUAUGACAUCACUGUGGAGGACAGCUUCUGGGCUGUGCAACCAUGGCUCAACAAUGUCCAGGAAGCAGCAGGAGAAGGGGUCCCCAUUCUCCUUUUGGGCAACAAAAUGGACAUGGACGGCCAGAGGGAGGUUUCAUUCAGAGUUGCUGAGCAACUAGCCUAUGAAAACAGGGUGAUCUUCUUUGAGGUCAGUGCCUAUACGGGCAAGAAUGUGACUGAAUCCCUUACACACCUGGCCAGAGUGUUAAUCCAGCAGGAGGACAGGGUGAGAGAAAAAACAGUCAUCCUCAGUAACCAGCCCGUAAAGAAGAAAGCCUGCUGCAAGUAAAGUGUGAACUCAGAUUCUAGAUUUUGGACAUUGGAUUGUGAAAUUGUGAGCAGUCUUGGUUUUAACCAGAAAGGCUUCGACAUGUUGAAAUGAGGGAGAGUUGCCAACGUGAGGAUGAAACCACCAACUGUCGAGCUUAGAUGAUGAAGCUCAGAGGAGGAGCUUGUCUGCAUCAUCUCAUGUAAAUAAUCUUACCAAAUCAUAGAACUGUUUAUAAGAUUUAUAAUGAAAAAUAUAUCCUGUAUUAUAAUUUAUUUCAAUGACAACCAUAACCAAGAGAGAAAUCCUGAAUAUACUGUAGCUUUUUUCAUAACUGUAAAAUGAAAUCUUAGUUUUAAUUUCUGAAUGUUUGAAGUGCAGCGUGUUAGUUAAAAAUACAUUUAAUUAAUUAUUUAAAUUCAUAAAAAAAAGCUGUUUAAAUGAAAAUCAUGUUAACAAAGCAUACUGAAUCUUUGACAUUUUAUUCAUUGUCACCUUUUAUAUUAUACUCUGUCAGAUGUCCAAAAACAAAGUGGUACAAGAAGACAUAUUGCAUCUGUGUUUGUUUACUGUUCUGAGGCAUUGUUCUGUGUUUCUCUGGCACCAAAGUCAAGUUGUGGAUUAUCCUCAAUUAAACAAGCAUA